AAUACCUCCACAAGAUAUGCGAAACUUCACCUGAGCUGCCACUUGGAUCUCAUCUUUUUUACCAAGCACAAUGGGACCCUUAGCGGGGAGAAGCUUUUUAUUGAAACUCUUCUCUGUUAUACUCCUGUCAGGGGCAUAUUUUCAGUGGGUUGAAGCCCAACACUGUGUGUGGUACGGUGAGUGUGGGAAGUCCAAAUACGUGCCUGAAAAAAAGUACAACUGCAACUACAACGGUUCCGCUGUCCCACUAAAUCCCGACGACUAUGAACUUCUCACGGAGGUUUGUCCUGGGUACAACUAUGGAAACCGAAGUCUCUGCUGUAAUGUUGACCAGCUGCGCACUCUCAAAGGAAGUCUCGAGCUGCCCCUUCAGUUCCUGUCUCGUUGUCCGGCCUGUUACUUCAAUCUGGUGAACCUCUUUUGCGAGCUGACAUGCAGUCCCCACCAGAGUCAGUUCAUGAACCCCACUUCAGUCAAUGGUUCCAGUGUGCUGGAAGUGCAGUACUACAUUGGACAAACAUUUGCUAAUGCCAUGUACAAUGCCUGUAGGGACGUCCAGGCACCAUCAAGCAACGUGAAGGCCUUGUCACUCCUCUGUGGCAAAGAUGCCAAGUACUGCAAUGCAACUAACUGGAUUCAGUACAUGUUCAGUACUAGCAACGGACAAGCUCCCUUUCCUAUUGACCCCAUAUUCUCGGAUGUCCCGGUAUCUGGUUACACUCCAAUGAACAAUAAGACAUUUGCGUGCACUGACGUCCUAGACGAUGGUUCAGGUCCCUGCUCCUGCCAGGAUUGCGCAAAGUCCUGUGGCCCCAAACCAGUACCUCCUCCUCUUCCCCCGCCCUGGACCAUCCUCGGUAUUGAUGCAAUGACUAUCAUCAUGUGGAUAUCUUACAUGGCCUUCCUGCUUAUAUUUACUGGAGUGGUGCUCGGAGCUUGGUAUUACAGGAAACACACCAUCAUGUCUGAGUAUGGUCCCAUUUUGGACAGCAAUAACCCCUUGUCACUCAACGGUGAUGAUCCUUCCCAAGUGAAUGCAUCAUGCUGUGAAACGCUGGGUGAACGCUUUGAGAAUACCCUGCGGAUCAUCUUCAGUGCCUGGGGUUCCUUCUGUGUGCAGUAUCCCGGUCUUGUCAUACUGGGCAGCAUCAUAGUGGUGACAGCCUCCUCCGGGGGCCUGGUCUACAUGCAGAUCACCACCGACCCCGUUGAUUUGUGGUCAUCUCCCAGUAGCCAGGCUCGUCAAGAGAAGGAUUACUUUGACAGUAACUUUGGACCCUUCUUCAGAACUGCGCAGCUCAUUAUAACCACUCCACUCAAUGACACUUACAUCUACUCUCCAUACGUUGGAGGAUCAGACGUCCCGUUUAAUGCUAUCCUGGGUAAAGACAUCCUGCAUCAGGUGCUCGACCUGCAGCUAGCCAUCGAAGGCCUAGUAGCUACAUAUGACGGCCAUGACGUCACCCUGAAGGACCUCUGCUUGGCUCCGCUGGCCCCAUACAAUAACAACUGCACCAUCUUGAGUGUCCUAAACUACUUCCAGAAUAGCCACGCUGCGUUGGACCACAUGAAAGGAGAUGCCUUUUAUGUCUAUGCUGACUUUCAUAGCCACUUCCUCUACUGUGUCAGUGCUCCAGCAUCCCUCAACGACACCACCGUCCUUCAUGAUCCCUGUUUGGGCACCUUUGGUGGCCCCAUCUUCCCUUGGCUGGCACUUGGGGGUUACGAUGAAACAAACUACAACAAUGCCACUGCCCUGGUGAUCACCUUCCCGCUGAAAAACUACCUGAACGACAGCGUCAGCACAGGCAAAGCUCUGGCAUGGGAACAAGAAUUCAUCAGCUUCAUGAAGAAUUUCAGUAACCCCAAUCUGACCAUAGCCUUUAGUGCAGAGAGGAGUAUCGAAGAUGAAAUCAACCGAGAGAGCAACAGUGAUAUCCGCACGAUAGCCAUCAGCUAUGCCAUCAUGUUCGUCUACAUCUCCCUGGCCCUGGGACACAUCCAAAGCUUUAGGAGACUUUUGCUGGACUCUAAGAUUUCUCUGGGCAUAGCGGGUAUCCUGAUUGUUCUGGGCUCUGUGUCCUCCUCACUGGGGAUCUUCAGCUACGCCGGUGUCCCCCUCACGCUCAUUGUAAUCGAGGUCAUUCCCUUCCUUGUGCUUGCUGUCGGCGUGGACAACAUCUUCAUUAUAGUGCAGACGUACCAGAGGGAUGAGCGGCUGCAGCACGAACAACUUCAUCAGCAGAUUGGUCGCAUUCUUGGAGACAUUGCCCCUAGCAUGUUUCUCUCCUCCUUCUCUGAGACUGUGGCUUUCUUCCUAGGAGCGUUGUCCAACAUGCCCGCAGUGAGGACUUUCUCUCUUUUUGCUGGCCUAGCAGUUUUUAUUGAUUUCCUGUUGCAGAUCAGCUGCUUUGUCAGCUUGCUCGGCUUGGACGCCAAAAGACAGGAGGGGAAUCGGUUGGACAUCCUAUGCUGUGUGAAGCUGCCAGAAGGACAGGAAGCCAAGACAGACAGUUUGCUCUUCCGCUUUUUCAAGAAAGUCUAUGCGCCAUUCGUCCUUAAAGAGUGGAUGCGGCCAAUCAUAGUCGCAGUGUUCGUGGGAAUGAUCUCCUUCAGUAUCGCUGUGGUGAAUAAAGUGGAGAUUGGACUGGACCAGAAACUGUCCAUGCCUGAUGACUCCUAUGUGCUGGACUACUUCAAGAACCUGAGCGAGUAUCUCCAUACGGGACCCCCGGUGUACUUCGUGGUAGAAGACGGUCUCAACUACACCACCCGAGAUGGCCAGAACGCUGUGUGUGGGGGAGUGGGCUGUAACAACGACUCCCUGGUCCAGCAAGUUUACACCGCCUCACUGAUUAGCAACUAUUCAACCAUAGCCUACACACCGUCCUCCUGGCUGGAUGACUUUUUCGACUGGGUGAAGCCUCAGUCGACCUGCUGUCGAUACUACAACAGCUCUGGGAUCUUCUGCAAUGCCUCGGUGGUAAAUUCGUCCUGCGUGUCUUGUCGGCCUUUGACUCCCAGCGGAAAGCAGAGGCCUGAAGGGGAAGACUUCAUGCGGUUCCUCCCCAUGUUCCUGGCAGACAAUCCGAACCCCAAGUGUGGGAAAGGUGGCCACGCAGCCUACGGCUCAGCGGUCGACCUGAAACCUAAUGACGCAGGGAUCGGAGCCACGUACUUCAUGACGUACCACACCAUCCUGAAGGAGUCCCCGGACUACAUAGAGGCUUUGAAAAUGGCUCGAAUCCUGGCGAGCAACAUCAGCCAGUCGAUGAACCACAAAGUGUUCGCCUACAGCGUCUUCUAUGUGUUCUACGAGCAGUACCUCACCAUAGCACACGACACGGCCCUGAACCUCUGCGUGUCGCUGGCGGCCAUAUUCGUGGUGUCGAGCGUGCUGCUGGGCUUCGAGAUGUGGUCGGCCGUGCUGGUGUGCAUCACCAUCGCCAUGAUCCUGGUCAACAUGUUCGGCGUCAUGUGGCUGUGGAGCAUCAGCCUCAAUGCGGUUUCCCUCGUGAACCUGGUCAUGUGCUGUGGCAUCUCGGUGGAGUUCUGCAGUCACAUUGUUCGAGCCUUUUCCAUCAGCGUGAAGAAGAAUAGAGUGGAGCGGGCUCAGGAGGCCCUGGCUCACAUGGGCAGCUCUGUUUUCAGUGGGAUCACAUUAACUAAGUUUGGAGGCAUCUUAAUCCUGGCGCUUUCCAAGUCGCAGAUUUUCCAGGUCUUCUACUUCCGGAUGUAUUUGGCCAUCGUGUUGCUCGGGGCGGCGCACGGCCUCAUCUUCCUCCCUGUUUUGCUCAGCUACAUAGGUCCGUCAGUGAAUAAAGCAAAGGUGUUUGCUGCUAACCAGCGUUACACUGGAACAGAAAGGGAGCGCCUCCUCAACUACUAGCCGCCUGUGUGGGACAGUGAACAAUGUGCUGCUUGUCUGCGAGGGACUGUGUGGGUGUGAGCUCAAGCUGAUUCCAUGUUCACUGACAUACUCAUCAGCAUCGCCACUACUAUGCAUGGAUUUAACUCAGGAAUAAACUUGGGAAUGGGAAUAGAAAUGCCAGAGGCCUUGUCCAACUGCAUACUCACCGAAGAAUUUGGGGGCCCUCCAGUCCUCCUCCGGUCCUCCACCUCCUCACACUACAGGACUAGUAUGUCUUCAGUAUUUGAAGCAACAUUCGUCACGAAACGGAGACUUUGAAAGCCGCAUUCUGAUGCCUCUCAUACUUCCCUCACUGUCAGUCAGUUCGCUAACCUGUGAGAUCGGGAACAUGCAAAAGGGUGAAACUGUUCAGUUUUUAUAUAUAUAUACAUAUAUAUAUUUACCAGAAAUAUAAACAUGUAAAAAGAAGGAUUUUAGUUUACUUGGAAGUAGCAUUUUUAUUUUAUUUUUCUUUCGUGUGUCCAUUUGAUAUUAUGAAUCAUUUCUUGUCUGAAACACAACUGGAGCUAACAUGACAAAAGUGGUAUCACAGGCUUUUUUAUAAUACCUGGCAUCAACACAAAUCUCACCCUGGGCUGUGUGCACGUACUGCACAAAGAAUGAAGCUAGCUAACUCAGAACAAUGUUGGGAGAAAAAGGAGUCUCGGCCCACUCUGUGUUUGGCAUUAGAAAAAAAAAAAAAAAAAAAAAUAAGACGUCUUCUUGUUUCCAAAUCAGAAAACUGGAACACAAACCAAACCAAAAAAAAAAAAAAAAAAAACAGCCGAUAUGGUCACAGUUGUCACUAUCGGUUUUGUCUGUUGGUGUCCAAGCUGCUUCCCACCUGUUCUGAAUUUAUUUCCUCCCUCGUACUUUUUUUUUUUUUGCAUUACCAAGUGCCACAUUGCAUUUUGCAUUUUAGGUGUGGCUUUUCGGAUUUUUAGAUAAUAGAUGAUGUGUAGAUGGUCUAACAUGGUUUGGGAUACAUGUUGAUGCCAGUUGUCAAGGAUACCACGGUGCUAAUAAUGGUUUGAAGUUUAAAAUGAAACAUUUUGCAGUUACUGAACAAAACGUUUGUUGCAUCGAGAGGUGGAGACAUGAAGUUUUACUUUUACCUUUAAAUAAUCUUGCACAAAGCUAAUUUAGAUUUCUUCCAUAGUUGUCUAGAUUAUGUUGAUAAAAAAAUACCGUAUAACUGUUUAAUGGUACCAUUCCUUCACCUUUUAAUUUAUUUAUUUUAGUUUUGUUAACAUUGUGUUACCCAUGCAGACAGUGUCCUCUCCGGUUGUUUCCAAGGGUGAGAAAAACAGGAGCUUUGUGUGGCCUGUCAGAACAUUGUUCCUGUGUAACACCUGGAUUUCACCACAGUGAUGUGUUCCCAUGAGUUUCAUUUGAAUAAGGUCGAACUAUCACAGGGAACAUUGUGCCCAGAGCGUGUUCUGCUCUGAAGAACCUUGAAGAACCUACUGUCACCAUUCCUUGUUUUUGUUUUUCUGAUGUCAUCUUACUUUUUUCCUCUCACAGAGCUUUAAUGUUUUUGGGAAUGUUAAAAAAAGAAAAAGAAAAAAAAAGAACUGUGUACAAAAAGUUUAAACCCAUAUGUGAAAAUGCUGUUGCUUGUUAACAGUGCUCUGCAUUGACGUGGGCAAAUCAUGAACAUUAUAUACAUGUGGAAAGGGUUUUAACAAAGCAUUGGGAUUGUUUAGUUUUUAACAGUUUUAACAUUAAAUAGUAUCUUUAACACAA